CGCACACGCAGGACGCCUCCCUCGGCACAUGGGCCCCAGGCCCUUCCCUUGGCUGAUGAGGAAGAGGAGCUCCGGGCAGCAAUGAAGGGCCUGAGCCGCCUGCUCCGCGCCGGGGAGGAUGCCGCGCUGGGAGCCGUGGCGGCGAGCCAUGAAGGCCUACUGCCAGAUGAGAGAGAAUUUCAACAUGCUGCUAAAAUGAACAAUUUGGAUACCAUGGAAAAGCUGUUUAAAAAGAAUGUUAACAUAAAUGCUGUAGAUACUCUGAAGCGCACAGCGUUCCAUUUUGCUGUUGCGGGAGGCCAUGUGUCCGUGGUGGACUUUCUUCUUCAUCACAAAGCUAGACUUGACAUGGCAGAUCAGCAUGGCCUGACAGUGAUUCAUCUUGCAGCCUGGACUGGAAAUCUGGAUAUAAUGCGAAAAUUAGUUAAAGCAGGUGCUGAUCAAAAGGCUAAGAAUGAGGAAGGAAUGAAUGUACUGCAUUUUGCAGCUCAGAGCAACAGCAUUAAAAUAGUUGAUUAUUUCCUCCAAGAUCUUCAUCUGAAUGACUUGAACAAACCUGAUGGGAAAGGUAAAAAGCCAUUUCUUCUGGCCUCUGAAAAAGGCCAUGUUGACAUGAUAAAAAAAUUGAUUGCUCUGAAGCUAUUUACAUCUGAAAAAGAUGAGGAGGGAAACACAGCAUUGCAUUUAGCAGCCAAAAAUGGUCACAGUGAAGUUGUAGAAAUUCUGCUUGAACAAUGGGAGGAAAUAAAUGACCUCAAUCAGAAUGGAGAAACUCCAUUUUACUUGGCUGUUGAGGGAGGUCAUGAAAAAUGUGCUGAACUCUUACUGGAGGCAGGGAGUGACAUCAAUGUUUCAACUCAGAACAAUAGCAGUGCUUUGCAGGUUGCAAUUCAGAAUGGACAUCUAUCCUUGGUUACUUUUCUUAUUGAUAAGAAUGUUGACCUGGUUCCUAAACCUGAGCAGAAGAAUUCCCCUCUCCAUUUAGCAGUCCUCAGUAAUAAUCUACUGGUAGUAAAAAGCCUUUUGGAUGCCAGUCACGACAUAAACUCCUUAAAUCACAGGCAGGAAACCCCUCUACAUCUGGCAGCUGAUCUUGGCAAUGUGGAGUUGGUGGAAGUGCUGCUGAAGUCAGGCUGCAAUCUCAAGACCAUGGAUAAGCAUGGGAAAACUGCACUAGCCACAGCAUCAAGGAGCCAUCAUGCCCUCAUUGUAGAUAUGAUCAUUAAAGCAGAAAGGUAUUUCGCCAUGAAACAGACACAUCUAGCUCAUAGUGGUAAUGGGUCAGACUUCAGCGUGUCCUUCAAACAAGAUCACAGCAUACAGACCAAGCAAAUCCGCUCCUCCCUUUGGAAUCUAGCAUACAACCAGUUAAAGCCCCGUGAAUGGAAAAAACUGGCUGUGUUCUGGAAGUUCACAGAUGAACAAAUUAAAGCUAUUGAAGAACAAUGGACAGGGAAAAAAAGUUACAAGGAACAUGGGAACAGAGCGUUGCUCAUCUGGUUACAUGGUACAUUGCUGGCUCAUCAGAAUCCUGUUAAACAUCUGUAUGAAGAUCUGGUGGAAGCAGGACUUCAGCCUUUAGCUGAGAAGAUCAGAGCUUCAGUUAGCAUUGGCAUGGACUCCAGAAAAUGUAUCAUUUCAUGAGUUCAUCAACAAAACAUGGCAUAUAUGAUGGAAUUACAUGCUAGAAGGAAAGUGGCUUUCAAAUAUCUUUUAGGGAAACAAAAAACAUAUUUUGAAGUUGCACAAAUUUUUCCACCCUUGAAGAACUUGCACUCCUGAAGUUGUUACUUUUUUCUCAAAUGCUUGCUAAAUAGAAAUGUAAAACAUUUAAGAAUGAAUGGCUGACUGGUAGCUUAUAAUUGCUAAGCAAGAUUCACCACUUACAAUUUCUACAUCUGACCUAACACUGAUAAAGUAAUUCUGUAUUGGAAAAGCAAAUUAAGCUACUUUGUGUUUGAUGUGAAAUGUAAAUAAGAGGUUUUCUACAUGAAAAAAAUUAAAUUUAGUAAGUGAAAGUUAUGUGUAUAAAUCAAUGAACACUGGCAAAUAACUUGGCAUCUGGCCUCAUUUGGGAUUCAGGUUUUUAUAAAUUCUUGCUAGGAUUAUGAAAAAUCUUUCUACUGCGGCGUAUGAUUUAUGUAGUGAAGAAACACAAAAAUGUUAUGUGUAAACACCACAUGUGGCUGCAGAAUUUUCUAUCAUGGCAUA